GAGCAGCUGAAGGCAGAGACAACUGGUGUGUGCACAGCUUUCCCUGGAGGAAAUGGAAAGAAAGAAGCUUCAGCGAGGAGAGAGGGAAGGAGGGUAGCACGCCGGCUUGAUAGAGAGAGAGAGGAGAGGGAGGCUGGAAGAGGUUCUCACACUGGCUGUGUCCUAAUCCGAGUCCAUCUCCUGGAGGCAGCGGAGCAGAGUGUUAGUGAAGUGAGUCUAAGAGGCGAGGAGAGGUACAUCAGCUAGCACACUUACACACAUACACACUCACGCACACACACACGCACACACACACACGCACACUAGGAGUCCACAAUGUGUCCAGCUUUGCUUCUGUGAAAGUAAAAGAGAGAGGCAAGGGGGGACUGACUGCCCCGGUCCCAAGCCCAUUCGGCUGCACUCUCACACAUACACGCCAAACACACACACACACACACACACACACACACACACACACACACACACACAAACAUAGUGUUUGUGUUUCGGAUUGAGGUGGUGGAGAAGGUUGGCAGUGCAUUGGGGUGGGGUGGGGGGCCACCUAGGACAAGACAGGACAGGACAGGGCAGAGCUGGGGUACCGGGGAGGAGGAGGAGAGACAAAGUGGAUCAGAUCAGAAGCAGCACAUCCAAUGCUGGAAAUGCCCAUCAGAUCGCCUGCCAACCAGAGCCUACGUUAAGAGUGGCGUGGGCGCCAUAUUGGGAGAAGGAUGGCCACCAUGCCGUUUGUCAGUGAGGGGAAGUGCGUGAGUGUGGAAUGGGAUUUCCUGCAAGGACUACUGGCCAAGCCUCCUACCCUGCCCUGUCUCCAAAACCUGCGCAAGGAAAAGUCACGCAAUGCUGCCCGGUCGAGGCGGGGGAAGGAGAACUUUGAGUUCUUCGAGCUGGCCAAGAUGCUGCCCCUGCCCGGCGCCAUCACCAGUCAGCUGGACAAGGCCUCGGUCAUUCGGCUGACCAUCAGCUACCUGCACAUGCGCACCUUCGCCAAUCAGGGUGACCCGCCCUGGAACCCCCUGUUGGAGGGCGACAGCAACUGCAGUAAAGUGAGACGGACGUCUCGUUCUCUGGCCACUGACAUAUUUGAACAGCACCUGGGGGCGCACCUCCUACAGUCUUUGGAUGGCUUUGUGUUCGUGGUCAGCCAUGAGGGACGCUUUCUUUACAUCUCAGAGACAGUUUCUAUCUACCUGGGACUUUCACAGGUGGAGCUUACGGGCAGCAGCGUGUUCGACUACAUCCACCCGGCCGACCACGUGGAGAUGGCCGAGCGGCUGGGGAUCAGGCCUCAUCUGCGGGCGGAGGCCGGCUGCCACACGGGGCCCGAGAGCGCUCCCUCCAGUUCCGCCUCAGCCUCCUCCCUGUCCGGGACGCCCGAGCCCGCAGCUCCGUCCAGUCCUCACUCCCCGGUUGAUGAACCUCCCGAUCGCGGCUUCUUUAUUCGCAUGAAGUCCACGCUCACCAAAAGAGGUCUGCACGUCAAAUCCUCUGGAUACAAGGUGAUCCAUGUGACUGGGAGAAUCCGCUACCGGCCUGCACUUGUUCCGGGCUCCACGCGCUCAAUACACCGACCGAUGGGAAUGGUGGUGCUCGCUCACACCUUGCCGCCCUCCUCGCUCAACGAGGUCCGCAUGGAGAGCCAAAUGUUUGUCUUCCGGGUCAACAUGGACCUGCAGGUCACGUACUGCGAGAACAGGAUAUCCGAGUAUAUGGAUUUGACCCCAGCUGAGGUGGUUGGACGCACAUGCUAUCACUUUAUCUAUGUGGAGGAUCUGGAGAACCUGAGGCAGAGCCAUGAAGACUUGCUGAGGAAAGGCCAGGUGGUGACGAACUACUACCGUUGGCUUCAGAAGAGAGGAGGCUACCUGUGGAUUCAGUCCACAGCCACUGUGUCCAUAAACCACAAAGCCCCCCACGAGCGCAACGUCAUCUGGGUCAACUACGUCCUCAGCCAGACAGAGAUGCCCGACACUCCUCUGGAUCUGCUGCAGCUUCCAGAGAACGUCAGAGCCGAGCGACUUCGAGUGAGCUCCCCUCCCACCAACAGCUCCCCGCAGACCAGAGGCUCGCAGCCGGCAAAGAGCUCAGUGGGGAAGAGCGACCCCGACACAAAGGGCAGAGAGAAGUUCCUCACCGCCGCCAUGCAGUCAGACAACAGGAGGAAGCGCCUGCUGAGGCCCGAGCGUGACGGCGCCCCCCCUGAGAGCCGCCGCAGGCUGGAAGAGCUCCGGCACGCUGAGGAGAGCGUGUCAGCGUCUUCGGACCUGGCCAGUGAGAGCGAGGGGGAGGAGGAGGAAGAAACGGAAUGGGAGCAGGGGGGAGACGGUGACAAAUUGAAACAAGAAGCCGGGGGAGGGAAGCAGAGUAGGGGGGAGGACACCCCGACGAGAGGCGAGAGAGGAGGGCGGAUGCACAACGGGCGAGCUGUGAUUCAGCAGCUUAAAAGCGUUGUGACCUCGUCCCCCAGCCCCAGCAUCAAGACUGAACACGAAGCCCUGGCCUCUGGGGGGCGCUGGGGGUCACACAGCAGCCACCCCCAACCCUCUCAUGCACACACACCCUCUAGCAGCCUUAACGGCGACAGCCCCACCACCCCGGUACCCGACUCCUCGUCCAGCAGCGACGCCCCACCCAAGGGCUUGUUCACCCCUCCUUCCCCGGCUCUGUCCCCGGUCAUGUCCGUGUCCUCCCCGCUGCCUCGCGAGGACAGGUCCGUGCCAGGGGUGGUCAGUCGGAGCGGUGGGGGCGGGCCAGGCGGGAGCCCUGACUUCGAGCUUCUCCAGAGACUGGCUGCCGGGGGCGCAGCAGGGCGGGUGCUCUUCCACCCCCUCGCCCUCGGCCCCCAGGGCCCCCAGAGCUUGUACGCCCCCAGCACCAUCCGCUACGCUCCCCCAGAGCUUCCCCCCUCCCAUCACCACAGCACCGGACACGGGGACGGCCUUCAGCUGCGCUCGGACCACCACAAGGGGCCCCCGCCCGCCUUCUUUCCUCAUCUGCAGCGACUAGCCGGCCUGCCGCCCUUCAGCGGCUUCUCCCCUUCGGACAGCCCCUUCUCCUCCGGCCUGCCCUUCUGUAUGAACGGACUGAGGGGGGCCGCGGGCCCCGAGGAGGACUGAGACGGGAGGAGGGCGUCCUUAAAGAUGACAAAGACGUUAAAAGUGGCAGGACAUUAAGCCUCUGAGGAUGUCAUUAAUUGGACUUGAACAAGUGGGAUGUAACACGCGUGACAAGGAACGAUGACAAUUUGACGGGAACUCUUGGACACAAAAAAAACAAAACGGACCACAUUUGACGGGACCUCCCUCAAGACUUUCCGACAAAAUAAUGAAAUGCGUGUCUAUGGACGGACGACUUCAGUGUUUCUUCCACUCAGAGAAGCCAUAUUGUACAUAGACAACAACCAUGAAGACCCUCAGCUCACAUAGCACCCCCCACCCCCUCAAGCCUCACCACAAUUAACACAAUUAACAUCAGUAGAGGACAAAAAAAAAAAAGAUGGACGCUUGUAGGAAUGAGUUUUUAUUAUUGCAGUAUUAUACAAAUAAUCUUUUUGAUUCCUUUCAAAUAGAUGGAGGUGUUUUUGUAUUCAAAAGAAAGAGAAAAAAAAAUAUCAAAAGCACACUGUUGGGGACAAAAUGAGACAUUCCGUAAUGUUUUAGGGAAGAAAUGCAAUUCUUUUCACUUUUUCAUGGUAGGAAGGUCCUUCAGUUAACUCAGUGGUCUCAAACUUGCGGCCUGCGGGCCGAUUGCAGACAACAUAUUGAGGCCCCUAAAAGUUGAAUGUUAGUGCAGCCUGCGAGUUUUACAUGAUAGGCACUUUACGGUGUUGUGAGCGCAGCUGAACCAACCUACCAAUCACAGUAUGGCUCUCGCGGGCGGGACAUGGACCGUGCUUGUUGCAAGCAGGGAAGCAUUUCUCAAUGAGUGAAAGUGACAGCAGCGUUGCCAUGGAGAGAUUUUUUUCCGUGCCUGGCUGGCUGCCUCGUUUAUAUUGGGCACACGCUGCGUUUACUACACUUCCAAAAAAAAAAGGUUAAGUUGUUACCCAGCGGGACAUGAUACAUACUGUAUAUAUGUCUGUGUCUACAUUUAAAGUGAUGCGUACACGGCGGGAUAAAAUAAAAGUAAAGAACUCAAUGUAGUCUGCAGUCACAUAGUGUCCGUUGGCAAUAACAGUCCCUGGUAACCCGCACCAAUUAUAGGCUCACACUGUUCAUUAUUUGCUGUGUGCAUGCUUUUUGCAUUGCCUCACAUGGCCAACACUGCAGUACAUAUAUUUCUAUAUGAUGUCAUUUUUUUGUUUCUAUGACAACGUUUACAACAACAAGAGCACGGCGGCCAACACUCCGGAAGCAGUCGCCUUUUUGCGCUCGCUAUCCCGGUACUUUGUAGCAUCUACAAAUGCCACGGUGUUCAUGUCAUCACGAAAGGCAUGAACAUGGAGUCCAAACACAAAGGAGACCAUACCUCUGCUACAAGAAAAAGAAGCAAAGUUCUCCGUGCGCCGUCUUAACACGACAGUGACACCAAGUGGAAUUAAAAUAUAUUUCACAGCCCCAAACAUUUGACUUAUUUUGUUGUUAAUUCUUAAUUUGUUAUUUAUUUUGUCAUUUUACUUAGUGAAUUUAGGAUUUCUUUAAUAACAAAGCUUUUCUUGUGGAAUACCUGAUGCGGCCCAGUCUCUGCCUCAGCGGCCCCCAGCUAGAUAGAGUUUGAGACCCCUGAUUUAACCCCAUAAUGAAACCCUUCCAUGUCAUGAAAGCCAUAUUUGUGUUUGUAUUGUUUCCUACACGAGAGCAAUGAAUUAAGGAAAGGUUGCACAAUAUCAUCAGAAGAAGGGUUGUUUUUCUGAGCACUUAGUUAAAAUGUGAAAGCACUUCUUCGAGCUGCGUGGUCCUGUUAAAACAGAAAAUGUCGCAGUAGGACGGCUGCUGCACCGCGUGUGCAGCGCAGGGGAUAAAUAGUCAUUGAUGAUAAAGUAACGGACCAUAAAAACGGGUCAUAAAAUGACAGCCAUUAAAGUCAGCCGGGUCAGGACACACUUUCCAAUGUAAGCUGCGUUACAGAACCCUGAAUUUAAAACGUGAAAUAAAAGUCACUUUACUUUAGUUGGAAGUCAUUUUGUCUCAAAUUAUGAUUGUUUAUAGAAAAAGAUAACAAACUGUGAAAAAAGCGAUGGGAUUCUCACCUCAAAUAGAAAAUAAAACGAGAAGCAACUUUUUUACAUUCUUUAGCACUUUGAAUCCCCGGGGAUCAUUAUGUGGAAUUACACUUAAAAAGAUGCCAUACAUUGUUUUUGUUUGUUUUAUGCCUCUCUUUCUUCCAAAUGUUGUGUGCGUGACAUGAGAAAAAAAAAAAACUUAAGUGCACAUUUGUCUAAGACAAACUGCACAUAUUCUGGGAGAGUGUGUGUUUUGUUAUGUUAAAUUAAAUAUCUAACCCCUUUGCCUAUCACUGUGAAUCUAACGCUACCCUCGCAUCCUUGUGAAUAGUCCAGCCGCUUUAUUGAACAAAAUGAACAAUGUAAAAAAGAAAAAAGAGAAGCAGUGCUACAGAUGACAAUAACAAUAAAAUA